AACCACCUACUAUUUCAUCCAGCGAUUACUGGCUCUAUUUAUUACUGUUGAAUUUAUUGUCAGCUACCCAACUGUCACCUUCUCCCACCCAUUACAUAAGUCACUCUUUUCUUUUGCAAGUUGCUACUAAUACUGCAUUAGCUCAAAUAUUCUGAGUACCAACCUUGUCUACUUCUUUCAUCUUCUUCAUCUUAAAUAUCACAUGAUAUGCUUAUGAUCUGAUCGUCAAUAUCGAUCUGCGAGGAAAGGGAGCAAUGGCGUUGAUGAAGUAUACGGUUGAAGUCGAAGAAUCAAAGCCGGCUGUAGGAGACAGGCCUUCAGCUGGACCUGUGUAUAGAUCAAUUUUUGCCAAGGAUGGUCUCUUGGAGUUACCUGCUGGAAUUGAAUCUCCUUGGGAAUUCUUCAGUAAAUCUGUUGAGAAAAAUCCUAAAAAUCCUAUGCUGGGUCGUCGAGAAAUUGUUGAUGGCAAGGUGGGUCCAUAUGUAUGGACAACAUAUCAACAAGUAUAUGAUGAAUCUAUUGAAAUUGGGUCUGCCAUUAGGCAUUCUGGUGUUAAUCCAGGAGAUCGAUGUGGCAUAUACGGAUCCAAUUGUCCUGAAUGGAUUACAGCUAUGGAGGCAUGUAAUAGCCAUGGUGUACAGUAUGUGCCGCUCUAUGACACUCUUGGAGCUAAUGCAGUGGAGUUCAUUAUAAACCAUGCUGAAAUCUCUCUAGUCUUUGUUCAAGAAAUUAAAAUACAAGCGGUGCUAAAAUGCCUUGAGAGGUGUACACCACAUCUAAAAACAAUUGUUAGCUUUGGGAAGGUUACUGAUGAGCAAAAGAAAGAAGCUGAGCAAGUGGGGGUUUCUUGCUUCUCCUGGAAAGAAUAUUCCUCAUUGGGAAGUCAAUACUGUAAAGAAUUGCCUCCAAGAAAGAAGAGUGAUAUAUGCACAAUUAUGUAUACGAGUGGAACAACUGGAGAUCCAAAAGGAGUUAUACUGACUAACGAGGUUAUAAUGGCGUCAGUCUUGGUUACGGAUCAUAUGCUUUUUGUAACAGAUAAAGCGGUGUCAGAAGAAGAUUCCUACUUUUCAUUCCUUCCACUUGCUCAUGUAUUUGAUCAGAUAAUGGAGAAUUAUUGUAUAUACAAGGGUGCCUCCGUAGGAUUCUGGAGGGGGGAUGUGAGGUAUUUGAUGGAGGACAUUCAGGAACUGAAGCCAACGAUAUUAUGUGGAGUACCUCGAGUUUUUGACCGUAUAUACACAGGUACACUUGAUAAAGUCUCAUCAGGAGGGGCACUGCAGAAGAGAUUGUUUCAGUUUGCUUAUAACUUCAAGUUGAAGAAUCUGGAGAAGGGGCUGAAACAAGAUCAAGCAUCACCCUUCUUUGAUAAACUUAUCUUUAGCAAGAUCAAACAAGUACUUGGUGGACGAGUUCGUUGUUUAAUAUCUGGAGCUGCACCAUUACGCAGACCCGUGGAAGAGUUUCUGAGAGUCACAUGCUGCGGUAUCGUAUCACAAGGAUAUGGUCUCACUGAGAGUUCUGGUGGUUGUAUGAGCUGUGUCGCCAAUGUGUUCUCUAUGAUGGGAACUGUGGGAAUUCCAAUAUCAACUAUUGAAGUAAGACUUGAAUCAGUGCCUGAGAUGGGAUAUGAUGCACUCUCUGCAGUACCACGUGGAGAAAUUUGUUUGAGGGGUAAGACUAUGUUCUCUGGUUACCAUAAGAGACAGGAUCUUGUGGAAGAUGUCAUUGUGGAUGGCUGGUUUCAUACAGGUGACAUUGGAGAAUGGCAGCCCGACGGGGCAAUGAAAAUUAUUGACAGGAAAAAGAACAUUUUUAAGUUGUCCCAAGGUGAAUAUGUUGCUGUUGAAAAUCUUGAAAGCAUAUUUGGACAAUGCCCACUUAUCACGUCGAUUUGGGUCUACGGUAACAGUUUUGAAUCCUUUCUUGUGGCGGUGGUGGUUCCUGAUCGAAAGGCGCUUGAAGAUUGGGCAGCACUCAACAAUGAGCCCGUAGAUUUCAGCUUGCUGUGUGAAAACCCCAAGGCGAAUAAGUACAUUUUGGAUGAACUGAACAGCACUGGCCAAGCACAUAAACUUAGAGGAUUUGAGAUGCUAAAAGCAAUUUAUUUGGAGCCAACUUCCUUCGAUAUUGAAAGGGAUUUGGUUACUCCUACAUUCAAAUUGAAGAGAUCUCAGCUAGCUGCCUAUUACAAGGAUCGUGUUGAUCAGCUCUAUAUUGAAGGCAAAGGAACUAAAGCUUGAGAAAUUAAUACACCUAGGAUUGGUAUUCAGUGUGUUAUCAAGAUUGGUCGAUAUCGAAGAUACCAGAAUUGGGAAAGAAAAUAGAUGCUGCACUAGAAAUUUAUUCUCUAAGUUACUCUUAGGUAAAUAGUUUAACAUCUCGGAUGUAUUUUCAUCCGUUCGGUAGCAAAAUAAUUUCUGAAAUAUCUGUAUGUAUUUAAAAUUGGCUAUUUAUACCCUACGGGUACAUCAAGACUCAGUUACACCGCAUGUAAGAUCAGUAUAUUCCCUAAUAAAAUUGUGUUUCUAGUA